UGAAAAGCUAAAUGAGAAACCGAAUAGAAGAAAAGUUCCUCGAGUUCUACGAGGGUUGGAUUUUUCAACUUGAGCAAUAUCUUCAUCAACUCAUAGUUGCUCAUAACAACUACACCAACAACACUAUGAGUGAGAUGGAGCUACGAGGUAUGAUCUCGAAGCUAACUACGCAUCACAAAGCUUACUACACAGCCAAAUGGGCAGCGAUAGGAGAAGACGUUCUGGCUUUCUUUGGACCGGUUUGGCUAAACCCGUUAGAGAGAUCUUGUUUUUGGUUAACCGGAUGGAAACCGUCGAUGGCGUUUCGCAUAGUAGAUAGGCUGAGGAAGUCGUGGAGGCCGACGGUGGUUCUUGAGGAGGCUCAGGUGAAGAAGUUGGAGGAGCUGAGAGUUAAGACGAGGUUCGAUGAAGAAAAAAUUGAGAGAGAGAUGGAGCGUUAUCAGGUGGCUAUGGCUGAUCGGAAGAUGGUGGAGCUGGCAAAGCUUGGAUGUCACAUCGGAGGAGAGUCUGCGGUGGUGGUGGAGGCGGCGGUGAAGGGGCUGGCGAUGGCGCUUGAGAAGAUGGUGAAGGUGGCUGAUUGUGCGCGGCUGAAAACGCUCAAGGGUAUUUUGGACAUUUUGUCUCCGCCGCAGUGCGUUGAGUUUUUAGCAGCGGCGGCUGCGUUUCAGGUUCAGUUACGCAGGUUGGGAAACGCAAGACAUCAUGUCACUCACUCCUAUGGUUCCUGACACACUCGAGUGUAGUUUUGCUUCUUCUCAUUUACUGUUUUUUUUUCUCUUAUAACUUCCAAUAACUGCCUCUUUUCUUCUGUGUUAAAAACUUUUUGUAAAAAUAUAUAAAUAUGAAUAAAAUCAACCGGAUGUUCAAAAAAAAAGAAAGAAUAAA